CGUGUUUUAGUGUGACCAAGUACAAAAAAUAAAUACCAUCAUCUAAAAAUCCCAACUAAAAAUACAAUUAUCAUACGGAAAAUGGCAUCGAAUUUACGUAAAAGUCUUGUCGUUAACAUGCAGAAAUAUUUCGCCACGGCGGCCAAGGUACAAAAAUCGGAGCCCGUUAAAAGCAAGACACUAGCAGCUAUUGGUGAAUCAAUUGCCGCAAAGGGGUUUCUGCGGCCUCACAAGCCCUAUGCUCCCCCCAGCAAUGCAGCGGAACGUGUGCGCUCUGUGGCUGGCUCGCUGCAGUUGACCAGUGACAAUCGAAAGCUGGACAAUCUUUCCGAGAAGUUUAAAUUCCUAUCGGCAUGCUUUCAGGAACUGCAGCACGGAGUUCCAAACUCCCAGGUGCAUGAACUCAGCACCGUUGCCGAUGUAAUAGCAUUUUACGAGACUCCUGUGGAUACGACUGUGCCCUUGGACGCUCUUAAGCGCACAGAUCUUCCAGAGAAUUUGCACAUACAGUACGAGUACUUGCGUUUCAAUCCCGAGACCGAUACCAAAUUCAAUGGAAAGACAGCGUUCCCGAAGAGCUCCACUCUGGUGACGGGUCUGAAGUACCGUGGUAAAUACGAGGGACAUGAAGCCAAGCGGUCUUGGCCUUAGUAGACCUUUUGUUAGAGCUCGUUAGUCCGUGUAUAUUUUAUUAAUAAAGUUUGAGGGCCUAUAAAAACUCAGCCACAGCGUC